CUAUUAUCUUUGGGACGUCUUUUAUCUGUAACUAUCCCCGGGAGAAGUCCACGCAGCUCCUCUCCAAAACGGAAACUGCUGAUAAAGAGAUUAAUCUCGUCAAAAUGCAGUGUCUAAUGACUGAAUCUUCUCUUCAAACUUCCGAACUAUCCAAAUAGCGCUAAGUUUGUAUUGAAGCAACUUAACGGGGUUAUAGAAGGACGCGCAGAGGAAUGCUCAGGAAAGACAACGGUCGGGGAUACCAAGAGUUUAAUGAGGAUGAUGAAAGCUUACAGCCUGCAGACUUGUAUGAAGACACAGAGAAAGACAUCAGCAACCUGGAGGCCAAACAAGCCAAUGGCAGUGUCCCACAAGGAGAGGAGGAGGUGAAUGCGAACAGUCCACCAAGGAAAUUCAGCAAAAGUUGUGUCAAAAAUGUAUUCACGGUGGUCCUUAUAUUGAUCUAUGUGCUCCUGACAACGGUAGCUGCAUUUCUGGCCUAUCAAACAAUCACGGAUUUCAUGGAGAAAAUGAAUAACCCAGUGAUGUCAGUUACAUAUAAAGAAGUGGAGAUAUUUUCACCUCCAGGUAUUGCAUUGUUCCCUGGUAAUGCUCGUCUGUUAAGCUGCAGACAUUACUACCGCGAAUACCUCCCUCCGUUAGUGAACCCGGGGCAUCCACAAGAGGGUGACUGUGAGAUGCAAGAAGUCUCAUACAAGGGUCCUUUUCAAAAUCAGACUACGAAGACAGCGUUGGUGGUCCGUGGUCCGUCUGAUGUCAGGAAUAAGGAGGUGAUCUUUAUGCAGUUCAGUCAAAAUGAAACACACGAAGACUUCAGCGCCAUCUCCUACAUGCUCUUUGCUAAAUACAGUGACUUGAUCAAUAGUGCUAAUCGUUCGGAGUUCAUGAGGGACUGUGAGAGGAACUACUCCAUGUGGACCUUUUCUGGAGGAUUCAGGACCAGGGUCAAGAUGUCGCUUGUUCGGACUUCUGGAAAAAACAAUGAUGGCACUGAAUUUAGACAAGAGUCUGCUGUGGUGAAGUUCAAUGACAAACGGCCAGAACAUGAAAGAACUGAUGAACUUUUCUUUGCUGUUUUUGAAUGGAGGGAUCCUUAUAUACAAGAAAUCAAACUGAUUGUGACUGCAAACCCCUGGAGCUCUCUGGCCAUCCUCUGUGGAGUUUUCAUGGCUCUGUUUAAAGCUGCUAAUUUUGCCAAACUCUCAGUUCAAUGGAUCAUCAGGAUGAGGAAGAGGCAUCUAAAGAACAAAGCACGAGAACUCAAUCAAAUCAACUAAAAUCUACUGAAAUAAUGACUUUUAUUUAACUCUUUUAGGUCACUCUUAUUUUGUAAGUUUGACUUGUUUUAUCUUUGUACCCAAAGUACUGCUAAUUUUAGCUCUUAAGGUCAGUAAUUUUUUGAAAUAUGUCAAAAUACAUUUCCAAAGUUGACCAUUGGAAAGAUUGAGUCUGGACUCUACUAAUGUGAAACUAAUCCUGAUGAACUGUGUUACUUGCUAGAUUUAUCACAAUGAAGUCAAUGGAAUAUCUAUUUUGUCUAUUUAUGUUCUCAAGGCAACAAUAGCACAGCCACUGAACAAUUCACUAAAAAGGGAAAAUUACACUGUACUUCAACAAAUGCAACUGAAAUAAAGCUGUUUUCUAAAAAAAA